AUGUACUCCAGCAGGCGCUUCGAAACCUCCAGCCGGAGCUUUUCCAAGGGCCACAAAGUGUCCAAAUCCACCUCUUCCUUUAGCAAGGAUAGUGGCAUUACUAAGAAGCGCCAUGAAUCUCGCCAUCGGAGACCGGCUACGGCUUCGUCCGCAACAGCCAGUGAGGACACCAUCAUGACGAGCAACCUGAGCUCUUCUGUUGUGACCCUCGUUGUCGGUGCCGAACAGAGACUUUUCGCCGCUCACGAAAACAUCCUCUCUUCGAGCCCCUUUUUUGACAACGCCCUGCGGAACCUCUACACCGACCCCUCUGCCAAGAGAAUCUCUCUUCCGGACGAAGAGCCCGAGAUUUUCAGCUCGGUGCUGGAGUACAUGUAUAAAGGAGACUACUAUCCCUGCUUGGUGCACAAUAAGCGGCGGGAUUCCUGGGAGCUAGAGGCCCUCGGCAGUGACGAUGACAAAAGGACCGCAGAGAGCACAGUCUACCAUCGCGGCGUCGACGGUGACCUGCUCAAGGACACUGUCAUUUACUGUGCUGCCGAGCGGUAUGGCCUGGAUGAGUUGAAGAAAUUGGCUCUGCGCAAGCAAGGCCUCCAAUCGGGAAUCCAGUGCAGCACUAUCUUGGCCUCUGCAAGAUAUGCAUAUGCCAACACCCCUGACAGCGACUCAAAGCUGCGAGCUCAUUACUUGGCUCUCAUCAUUCGGUCUCGUAGCACCUUCAAGCGAAGCGGCACGAUGCAGCUCGAAAUGUUCAAUGGAGGCACUCCGCUCUUCUUUGAUCUCUUUGUAGCCCUCUGCAACCACGUCGAUGAUAUUUCAUCUACACAGUAG